AGAAUGAGUUGUUUAGCAGGCUCUGAUCCCCAUGCUCGGGUUGCAGUUUGUAUUAAUGCCUAAUCCAAGGUCCCAUCACCUCCCCCCACCCCACGCCCUAAAACAGUUGCUACACCCGCGGCAUUUAGCAACCGGUACACAACACCAACAGAACCAAAAUCUCUUUCUCUCUCUCCAUUUUAUACUCCUCGCAGAUUGCAUAAUUUAAUCGAAGCUUUCUCAAAUAUAUUUCCAUAUUUUAUUUCCUUCUAAGAAAGGCGGGAUUUUUGUGUCUUCGUGUGUAUCCAUCUGUGCAUAUAUAUUAUUAUACACGCUAGCCGGCGAUGCCGACGCCGGUGAGCGCAGCGAGGCAAUGCUUGACGGACGAGGCGGCACGUGCUUUGGACGACGCCGUUGUUGUAGCGCGCAGGCGGAGCCACGCCCAGACGACGUCGUUACAUGCCGUCUCGGCCUUGCUUUCCUUGCCGUCCUCGGCCCUCCGCGACGCCUGCGCCCGCGCCAGGAGCAGCGCGUACUCCCCACGCCUACAGUUCCGGGCUCUCGAGCUCUCCGUCGGAGUUUCCUUGGACAGGUUGCCGUCGUCCAAGGCACAGGACGAGCCUCCGGUCUCGAACUCGCUCAUGGCGGCGAUCAAGCGGUCUCAGGCGAACCAGAGGCGGCAUCCGGCGAGCUUUCACUUGCACCAGAUUCACAGCCAGCAGCAAGCGGCAUCGCUUUUGAAGGUUGAGCUGAAACACUUUGUUUUAUCUAUUUUGGACGACCCGAUUGUGAGUCGGGUCUUCGGAGAAGCCGGGUUUCGGAGCUGUGAUAUAAAGUUCGCGAUUAUUCACCCGCCGGUCACGCAAUCCACCCGGUUUCGUCGGACCCGGUGCCCGCCCAUUUUCCUGUGCAACUUAACGGACUCGGACCAUGCCCGACCCGGAUUCAGCUUCCCUUUUUCCGGGUUCGAAGACAGAGACGAGAACUCCAGAAGAAUAGCCGACGUGUUGGUUAGAAAAAGCGGGAAAAAUCCGUUGCUAAUCGGCGUUUGCGCCGGCGACGCUCUGAAGAGCUUCACCGAGGCCGUGCAGAAGGGUAAAGCGGGGAUUUUUCCAGCUGAAAUCGAUAACUUUAGCAUGGUAUCCAUCGAGAAGGAGGUUUCUGAGUUCGUCGUCAAUGGCGGAAGCGAGGAGGAGAUGGGUUCCAAGUUUGAGGAGGUGGGUCGAAUGGCUGCGCGUUGCUCUGGAGCUGGAAGUGGUGUUAUUGUAAAUAUUGGGGAUUUGAAGGGUUUAGUGGGUGAGGGUAUGGUGGCGGAGGAAGCUCUGAGCUUUGUGGUGCUGCAGUUGAAGAGCUUGUUGGAGAUUCAUGGUGGGAAAUUACGGUUGAUUGGCGCGGCUGCGAGCCACGAAGUGUUUACAAAGCUUUCGCUUUGGUUUUCGACGAUUGAGAAGGAUUGGGAUCUUCAUCUUCUUCCCAUUACUUCUUCUAAAGCUUCAAUGGAAGGAGGUUACUCGAAAUCCAGUUUGAUGGGGUCCUUCGUUCCAUUUGGCGGAUUCUUUUCUGCACCAUCCAACUUCAAAAAUCCAUUGAGCAGCACAUAUCGAUCGUUUGGACGUUGUCAUGGGUGCACAGAGAAGUAUGAGCAAGAAAUUGCUUCUGUUCUGAAAGUAGGAUCAACUGUUUCGGUAACUGAUCAGCGGUCAGAUAGCUUGCCUUCUUGGUUACAAAUGCACAAACUUGGCACUGGCAAGGGAGAUGAUCUAGCAAAGACCAAAGAUGAUAAAACAACAAUGAAUGUUACAGUAUCAGCACUGCAGAAAAAAUGGGAUGAUUUCUGCCGACAAAAUCUUCAUGCUCAACCAUUCCCUAAAGUGGACAUUUAUCAAGCAGGGCGUCAAGUUGCAUCUGCCGAGGGCUCCCUAGCUGUUUGGGAUAGAAAAGAAAACAGUGGUGAAGACUCAUCUCCAAAUGAAAGUGGAUGUGCUAUUCAAUUUCACUGCCAGCCAAUGGUUAUGCAAAAGAGUUAUCUAUCAAAACAGAACUUGCCUGUGCAAGUAGUUUCUGAUGGUGAGAAUACCAGUCUCCAGUCCGAGCUAUUGGUAAAAGAUUCGAAGGGUCAGCGAGUUGAACUGGGAAGUCCCUGCCUAACUACUUACCCCAUCCACAAUCUGCCCACCGACUACACAUCAUCUGCGUUGAUCACUUCUGUGGCAACAGAUUUGGGAUUGGGAACAUUAUAUGCAGCAACCAGCCAAGGGCCAUUAAGUCCUCAAUUACAAGAUAUUAAAGGGAGUUCCCACCACCUCUCUGGUUCCAUUUCUGCUGAAUUUGAUGUAUUGAGUGAAAAUAGUUCACGCCAAAUAGCUCAGUCCUCUUCCUGCUCUGCUUCUGAUCUUGGAGGGCAGAUUGAUCCAAGCGAUAUCAAAUCACUUACGAGAGUUCUCACAGAAAAGGUUGGCUGGCAAAAUGAAGCCAUUUGCAGUAUCAGUCAAGCUGUGGCACGUUGCAAAUCUGGUGGUGGAAGGAAUCAGGGUUCAAAAGUUAGAGGAGAUAUAUGGCUGACUUUGAUUGGACCUGACAAAGUCGGAAAGAAGAAACUUGCUUUAGCACUUGCUGAGAUACUUUUUGGCUCCAGAGAAAGCUUAAUUUCUGUGGAUCUGGAUUCCCAAGACAGGGGUUACCAAUCAAACUCAGUUUUUCAAUCCGAAUGCGCAGAUGAUUACAAUUUGAAGUUUAGGGGUAAGACAGUUGUUGAUUACGUUGCAGGGGAGUUAAGCAGGAGACCUCCUUCAGUGGUCUUCCUUGAAAAUGUCGAUAAGGCGGACUUUAUUGCCCAGAGUAGCUUGUCCCAGGCCAUUAGGACUGGCAAGUUUCCAGACUCGCAUGGGAGAGAAAUCAGCAUUAACGACAUAAUCUUCGUGACAACCUCCACUAUAAAAAAGAGCAGCAAAAGCCACUCUGUAGAGAUCGAACCCCAUAAAUUUUCUGAGGAGAUCAUACUUACCGCCGAGAAAUGUCAAAUGCAAAUUCGGAAUUUUGGAGAUGCCAACCAAAGCAAGGGCAUGAGUGUGAGGAUUGCACCAAGAGAUGGAACCUCGAACCCGUAUUCUUCUGUAAAUAAAAGAAAGCUGAUUGACACCAAUGCCUCCAUAGAGCAAUCCUCUGAACUACAGAAACGGUCCAACAAGCAAUUAAGGAACUUUCUUGAUUUGAAUUUGCCAGUAGCGGAGACAGACGAGAACAUAGAUUCUGAAGAUUGUGACGGUGACUCCAUCUCCGAAAACUCGGAAGCUUGGUUGGAAGGUUUCCUCAAUCAAGUGGACGGAAAAGUGGUUUUGAAGCCAUUUGAUUUCGAUGCACUUGCUGAGAAAAUAGUGAAGGAAAUCAAUCACGAAUUUAAGAAAAUAUUCAGAUAUGAGGUUCAGCUGGAGAUUGAUUUCGGAGUCAUGGUUCAGAUGCUCGCAGCUGGCUGGUUAUCGGACAAGAAGAAAGCCGUAGAGGAGUGGGUGGAACAAGUUCUCAGCCGAAGCUUUGUCGAAGCACGCCAGAAGUUCUGUCUCACUGCUCAUCCAGUAAUGAAACUGGCUGCUGCUGGAACUCUUUCCGUCGACGAGCAAGCUCCCGGCGUUUGCCUUCCUGCUAGAAUUAGUCUGGACUAAUUUUUUGCUAAACUGUGCUUUUUGUAAGUACAUGUACGUAUACUGUAGCUUUUAGCAUAUAGCAUUUGGCAUUAGAAAAGCCUCUGUUUUUCUAGUCAGCCCUAUAAUUUAUUGGUAAAUCCAUUUUGUGCUGUAUUAGUGACUUGUUUGUAAGAAUGUAAAUGUUUCUGUUGAUCUACGGCAGUUUGUUUUGUAAUUUGCAUUGUGUUGUAUUGUCAGUUUAGCAUAUAUGCUUAUUUACUC